AUGAUCCAGGCCCCGAUCGCCGCAGCCGCGGCCCCGCGGCCCCUGUACCUGAACGAGUCCCAGCAGUCGGAGCUGUACCAUACGUCGCGGAACCACGCCGUGGCCUUCCUGCAAAACUCGCUGAGCGACCUCCACGAAUGGGAGUUCAUCUCGGAGAAGAAGAACGUGCAGUUCUACCGGAAGAAGAGCUCGGACGGGACGACGUACACGAUCAAUGCCAUCACGCGCAUCGUCGCCGACCUCGACGACACGAUGCGGACGCUCUAUUGCGAAGACAGCAUGGCGCUCGGCAACCUCUUCUCGCAGCUGCACGACGACACGUUCGCCGAUGGCGCCGUGCUCGCGACGCUGCCCGCCAAGCGCGACCCGACCGGCGUCUGUCGUGAGCAGUGCAGCGUCAAGAUGAUCUCGUUCCGGCCGUUCAAUGCGAUGGACAAGGCGCGGCAGUACACGGUCGUCGACUAUUGCACGAUCCGCACGGGCAAGACUGACGAAAAGCCCGACGAGACCGGCGUCGACAACCGGCUCGGUAUCCAGCUCAUGUACUCGACUGACGUCGCCGAGCCACCGAAGCGGGGCCCAACCCUCGGCACGGCCAACGACAUUGAUUACGUGAGCCAGCUCCUUCCGUCGGGCUUCAUCGUGUACCCGACGACCAAGAAGGGCGUCCUCGAAGUCAUUUUCAGCUGGUCGGCGCACGACCCGCGGGGCAUCUCGCGCGGCUAUAAGAAGGCGAUUCUGAGUCUCGUCUCGAGCGUCGCGCGGCUUGAAAACAUCUUUUUGGCGCUGCGCAUCGCGGCCUCGGGCUUUAUCAAGAGCAAGAACUGGGUCAACGACAAGGACCGGUCCUACUGCUUUAUCUGCCGCGAGUCGUUUGGCCCCUUUCGCCGGCGCCACCACUGCCGCCUCUGUGGCGACAUUACCUGCUCCAAGUGCGCGACGAUCACGGCCGUCAAGUUGCCCGUCGUCGGGCUCUGCCAAGUCCGCAUCUGCAACCGGUGCCUCACCGAGAACGAUUCGUCGCGGAGCAGCAACCCGGGCCCAGCGCCCAUGGCGCCCAAGCCGACGCUCGGGUCCCUCGGCGGCCUCCCGCCCGCACCCACGUCGUCGCACCACUCGUCCUUUGACUCGAACGACGGCCACGCGUACCACCACCACCAACACGUGCAGGUCAUGGAGCGGCUCUCGCACGGCAUGAGCAACCUCUCGGCCGUGCCCAACUGCAUCGACUCGGACGAUGAUAGCGACGAAAUGUCGAUUUCCGGUGACCUCUCGGCGUCGGCCGCGUCCUCGUCCGUCAUGGGCUCCCGGUCCAUGUCGUCGUCGCUGGCGACGUCCAACAUGGGGUCGUUCUCGCAGACUGCGAACGGCAAGAUGGGUGGUACCAUCGAAGAGUCGUUUGACGAAGCCGACGAGUUGACGGGCAACUCGGCCGACUUUAUUCCGCUCAACAUGGUCUCGCACGCGUCGUCGUCGAUGCCGGUCAAGCCAUUUUUGUACAAACUCGCGUACGCAGACAAGCAAAAGUGGCCAUUGGCGCCGAUCCCGUCGGACGAAGCGCCGCGCCUCCGCAAGCUCGACGAGCUGCGUAUUCUCGACACGCCCAUGGAGCAGGAAUUCAACCACAUUGCACAGUCGGCCGCCGAAGCUCUCGGUACGGCGUUUGGCUUUGUCAGCUUUGUCGACGACAAGCGCGAGUGGGUCAAGGCGUGCUACGGCAUGGCCGCGUCCGCCGCCGUCCCCCGCGAUAUCUCGCUCACGGCCCACGCCAUCAUGUCGUACGAGGUCAUGGCCGUGCCCAACCUAACGCUGGACGUUCGCUUCAAGGACAACCCGCUCGUGACCGAGAACGGCCUCCGUUUCUUUGUGGGCUUCCCGCUCGUCACGAACGACGGCUUUAUUGUCGGCGCACUCGCCGUGGCGGAUACGAAGGUUAAGGACGGGAUCACGCAGGGCCAGGUCGCGACGAUGAAGCGCCUCUCGAACCACGUGACGCGGCUCUUGGAAGAGCGCGCGCACUACGUCAACCCCGUCGGGUACUCGAACGUCCAAGCGCCGCCGACGACGUACUCGUCGAACGCGGCGCAGGCCAACAUCCACAAUGCGCUGCUGGACCUCCUCAAGAAGACGGAGGCCACUGGCAAGACCCUCCAGCAGACGCAGAGCAUGAUGAACCAGUCGGCCAAGCGCGACGCCUGA